AUGUCGGAGUGGCUCACCGCUGCUGGAUAUUCGCUCUCGCGUGUCCGGUUCAACGCGGAUGCCCCUACGAAGCGCCAUUCUUUCACUGUUCUUGGUGGUGACGCUGCGCUCAAGAUCGGAAACGCGCGCCGCACCCUCACGGCCGUCGACGCUCACGGCUCCGCAGUCGCCAUGUACAUCAGCGCCGACAAAUCGCCGAAGAUGGUUCGCCAGGAGGUCCAGCUCAAACGCAUGCUCCGCAUCAUCAACGAGCGCGCCCCCAAGAGCUGGAAGCUCCACCGCUCCAAAGGGUGCAUCUCCCUCGGCGCGCUCGCGGUGGUCGGGCUCUUCGUCGGCGACUCCCCCGAGAGUGCCUCGCGCGUGCAGUGGAGCGGCGCUGCGCUUUCUGGCGGCAUCCGCGUGGUGCUGCAGCGGCACGUGGUGGCCCACCUCGACUCCGCAGCCGGCAGCCCUCUG